AGUAGCCAAAAUUGUCAGUCUUCUUUGAUCCUGUAGUUAUAACGAUAUGGUGUUAUGCAACUAUUAUGCUCAGUGUGACACGAAGAUUAUUAUCCAUGAGUCUCCCCUUCUAGAAUGAUAUGAAUAUCAUUGUAAAAUUGACGAAGACCCAGACGAUCAAAAGGAGAAUAUUCUUCUUAUUAUCACGCAAAUGAUAAAGUCACGAAAGCUUUUGAUUAGAUUCUUAAUAAUUUAUUUGAUAUGGGCAGUAAGCGCCUUCGUUUACUAUGGACUUUCUAUCAAUUCCACGACUCUUGGUGGCAAUAAAUACCUGAAUUUCGCUCUCGUGAGCCUGGUGGAAAUACCGGGAUAUACAAUUGCUUGGAUCUGUAUCGACAAACUUGGCAGAAGGAUCUCACUAGCUGGAUCCCUGUUACUUUGUGGAGUUACCUGCACAUUAACGAUCUUCAUCAAUACGGUAACAAGUAACUGGGCGGUUGUCAUUCUCUUUUUAGUGGGAAAAUUGGGGAUCACAUCAGCUUUUGGAGUGGUUUACGUUCAUACUGCAGAAAUGAUUCCCACGAUGGUAAGGAGCGUAGGUGUUGGAUCAACUUCAACAGUGGCGCGUUGCGGAGCGCUUCUAGCACCAUUUGCCCCUCUUUUGGGUAUAUUUUACAAACCUCUACCAAUGAUUGUGUUUGGUGGACUAUCAAUUUUAGCUGGGAUUUUAGCAUUGCAGUUGCCCGAGACCCGUGGAAUCAAAUUACCUGAAACGGUGAAGGAGGCCAAAAUUAUAUGAAACAUAAUUUUUGUAAUCUCCCAACAGUUCGGAGAUCUGCCAUGCCGCUGCCAAACCUCCUGUUACAUUCAAAUUAUUCAAUUUUCACAAUGAAUUGGUCGGCCAAAGUAUUACGAAUAAACUCAAAAAAUUAUGUGUGAGUUACGUCAUGUAUUGAAUAUUCCAUCUUACUGUUUGUUUUCUAUUUUUAUCACUGUUAUGAAGAUAAUUUGAAAGACCACUUUCUUGGGAAGGAAAUUGAACAUUUUCAACCCAAGAGAGAAUUUUCAAUACGAAAAGUCAAUUGAGAACUGGUUUUUCAAUAUAAAACAUACUUUCAAUAAUAAAAAUUGUUAUUACAAUA